GCGCCUCCUCAACAUCGACACGAUAUUGAGUAUUACACGUCCGUGCCACUCGCUGCGCGAGGCCUGCGCGUGUUGUGCUUCGGGCACGCGCGCGUGUCUAAGCGGCACGCAGCGACUCGCCCUGUACAGCGUGCCUGCCGCUGCCCCUGUCGGUUCGAGGCUGGAGUGAGAGACCCGGCGAGCCCUGGCACGGAAAGUUUAUCCUGGCCAGAAGGCUCGGUGUGAUUUCAGACCGCUUGAGAGGGCCUGAUGCAUCCUCCAGACGGCCCAGGCGAACGCUCAGGUGCUGAAAUGGGCAGCGGCGAUCACGCGCGCUGCAUGGAGGAGGAAGAGGAGGAGGAGGAGGAGGAGGAGGAGGAGGAGAGCGGCGCCAGCAGAGGUCCCGAUCUUCAACGCCCGCACAAGCACGCGAGCCGAGUGCGGGGCCCUACUUUCUGUACACGGGGUGUCCGGCCAAACGCGGCCGCGAGCUCGGACGCGGCGCAGGGCUGGCUUUGGCCGCGUCGCCCCGCGCUGUUGGGAGCGGACGACUGCGCCGGCGCAACGGAGCUGCGGCCCGCCCGGGGUGCACUUCGCGAGGCCCUCUGGCAGACGGCGGGGGUGCCGUCGCCUGCCCUACCAAAAUCUCGCCGGCUGCCACACGGGCGCUGAGCCGCGGUCCCACCCCGAGCAGGCUCUGGCUGCGCUGCCUCUCCGGCGGCGGUUGCGCACACGAUGCCGAGCCGCGGGGGUGGCAAGCGGGUCGCCGCCCGUCCCCAGGGCUUUGGGCAGGGAGGAGUGGGAGGAGGGGGAGGAGGAAGCUGAGGAGUAAGGGGAGGAGCAAGCGAAAGGAUGGCAGCUUCCUAUUGCCAGCAGCGUCAGCGGCAGGAGGCAAAACAAGGCGACUGCCGUGCGCAGUCUCCGCACGAGACGGAGCCGCGCGGGAGGGGCUGGACGGAGCCGCGCGUGACAGAUGCGCUCGCUGGGCCCGCCCGCCACUUCGUCGUCGUCGUCGUCGUGUUCGC